UUAUCUUUGGUAAAGGCGAGAGAUACCACUUGUCUGGUCUGCUCACUUUACACACCCACUUUCGUGUCUUCUUGCUCUUUCUUUUUUUCCUCAAACUGCAAUAGCGUUAUCCUCAUCAUCGUCGUCACGUUUGAAAUCGCCUCUUAAAGCCAUGUAUUAGCUUUUAAUUAUGUUAAUUCAUCAAGAUGAUUUUUGCUUCAUUUGCUGAGCAAAGUGACCGUGGACUUAGUCUUUCAAGGUUAUAGAGAGUUCUGGUUCCUAACUAACAAUCAUGGCAGGCAAACCAGAAACUUUUGUGAGGGUGGAUGAUCUAGACUUUAAGCUACCAUCAUCAUCAUCUGUAUCCCGUCAGCAUAACUACACCUCCAGUAUCAGUGGACCACUCCACCCUAUUCACGGAAGCCACAACACAUCUGGAUCCUUCAAGAAACGUUUCCAAAAAGGUUCCAAAGGUCUCAAAUCCAUAGGUCGUUCCCUUGGUUUCGGUGUUUACAGAGCUGUCUUCCCAGAAGACCUUAAAGUAUCCGAAAAGAAGAUCUUUGAUCCUCAGGACAAAACUCUCUUGUUCUGCAAUAAACUGUUGGUUGUGUCGUGUAUUCUCUCUGUGUUUGUGGACCCUUUUUUCUUCUAUCUUCCUGUGAUCGAUGGUGAGUCCAAGUGUCUCGGUAUUGACCGGAAACUGGCUAUCACGGCAACAACGUUUCGGACUUUCAUCGAUGUGUUUUAUCUUGCUCACAUGGCUCUCCAGUUUAGGACUGCUUAUAUUGCACCUUCCUCCAGGGUCUUUGGGCGAGGUGAGCUUGUGAUAGAUCCUGCACAGAUAGCAAAGAGAUAUUUGCAACGUUGGUUUAUCAUUGAUUUCCUCUCUGUACUCCCUGUCCCUCAGAUUGUAGUGUGGAGGUUCUUGCAAAGGUCAAGGGGAUCAGAUGUAUUGGCUACAAAGCAGGCUUUGCUUUUCAUUGUUUUGGUUCAGUAUAUACCUCGGUUUCUUCGUGUCUUACCCUUGACAUCAGAACUGAAAAGAACAGCAGGUGUCUUUGCGGAGACUGCUUGGGCUGGUGCUGCAUAUUAUCUGAUGUUAUAUAUGCUUGCAAGUCAUAUAGUUGGAGCGUUCUGGUACCUUUUAGCCUUAGAACGUAACGACGCCUGUUGGCAGGAGGCCUGCAGUGAUGCAGGGAAAAAUUGCACAACAGGUUUCUUGUACUGUGGCAAUCAAAACAUGGACGGCUAUGACGUUUGGAACAAGACCAAAGAAUCUGUUCUUCAGUCCAAGUGCCGCGCUGACCUCGAUGAUCCUAAUCCUUCCUUUGACUUUGGGAUUUAUACACAGGCUUUAUCCUCUGGCAUUGUCUCUUCUCAAAAGUUCAUCACAAAGUAUUGUUACUGUUUGUGGUGGGGUCUUCAGAACUUGAGUACACUUGGACAAGGGCUUCAAACCAGUACAUACCCAUUAGAGAUUAUGUUUUCCAUCACUCUGGCCAUCUCCGGGUUGAUUCUCUUUGCUCUUCUCAUCGGAAACAUGCAGACAUAUCUCCAAUCUCUUACUAUCCGUCUGGAAGAAAUGAGAGUGAAGAGGCGUGAUUCAGAACAAUGGAUGCAUCACAGGAUGUUACCACAAGAUCUAAGGCAGCGUGUGAGACGCUAUGACCAGUACAAAUGGCUGGAGACACGUGGUGUAGAUGAAGAGUAUCUCGUUGAGAAUCUCCCCAAGGAUCUCAGGAGAGACAUCAAGCGCCAUCUCUGUUUGGCUUUAGUGCGCAGGGUUCCAUUGUUUGAGAGCAUGGACGACAAGCUGCUAGAUGCGAUCUGCAUGCGGCUAAAACCAAGCUUGUUCACAGAGAGUACCUACUUGGUCCGAGAAGGAGACCCUGUAGACGAGAUGCUAUUCAUCAUACGUGGCCGCCUAGAGAGUGUGACAACGGAUGGAGGCAGGAGCGGUUUCUUCAACUACAGUCUCCUCAAAGAAGGAGAGUUCUGCGGUGAAGAGCUUCUGACAUGGGCACUGGAUCCAAAAUCAGGUGCGAAUCUCCCGUCUUCCACGAGAACCGUGAAGGCUCUGACAGAAGUAGAGGCGUUUGCGCUGGCCUCAGAGGAGCUGAAGUUUGUAGCCAGCCAGUUCAGGCGUCUACAUAGCAGGCAAGUGCAGCACACGUUCAGGUUUUACUCUCACCAAUGGAGGACUUGGGCUGCUUGCUUUAUCCAGGCUGCCUGGCGCCGGUACUGCAAGAGGAAGAAGAUGGAAGAGGCAGAGGCAGAGGCCGUGCCCAUGUCAACCACUGGAACUUCGUCCUCCAUGGGGGCUGCAUUUCUUGUCACCAAGUUUGCGGCUAGUGCGCUGCGUACCAUUCACAGGAACCGGAACACAAGGAUUAGGGAAUUGGUAAAGCUGCAGAAGCCUCCUGAGCCUGAUUUCACUGCAGAAGAUGCUGAUUGAUUGAACAGCUUGUAGACACUCUGCUUGUUUAUAAUUAUAGAAAUGAUGUCAUUGCAAAUACUGCAUGGCUUUAUAGCUGCUUUGUGCUGUUCUGUAAAAUGUAUAAUAUAACUAGAAACCAAGCCGGUGGCAUAGCCGUUGGAUGGAAUAAAUGGAGAGGCCAAAAAUCUUACUUCGGUUAAA